UGCUUCGUAAACGACGUCCGAUGCCUCCAAAUCCCGCGACUGACGCAAGACUAAAUGCUGCUCUGUGCGCCAAGGUCGCAUCGCUCCACACCGAGCUCACACACCUCCGUCAGCGGUACGACGCCCUCCUUGAGGCCAAGGAACAGGCAGAAGAGAAGGCCAGGCAGGCUUCUGAGAAGCAGCAGGAUGAGCACGAUAAGUACAAUGGGUUCAGAAUAUGGUUCGUCAGCGCAUACAGGGAAGGCAAGCACGGAGAGAUCCGGAGGAUAGUGAAGGAUAUGGAGCAGCAGCUGAACAAGGACGUUGUCUGCUUCGUGGAAAAGGAAGGGGGAACAGGAAAGAAAAAGAAAGGAAAGGAGAACGAGAAGGCGAACGAAGGGAAGGCGGAGACGAAACUAGAGGAUGAGGUCAAAGUAAAGAUUGAGGCGAAGGAAGAUUUCAGGGUCCUGGGCGGUUCGUCAGCCAUCAACGACGCCCCACGUCGACCGUGCACGCCUCCUUCAACUGAUCUACCAGAUUUUCGGGACCCACACCUACUAUCCACGCCAGGGCGAUCCUCUGCAUCCUCGGGACGCUCUACUUCCUCGCCUAUGUCCACCUCAAGCAAACAUAUCGUAAUAUCUGCACACACCACCACCAUCAAAUCUGAGCCACAAUCCCAGCUUCCGAGUGAGCACCAUCAUUCUCCGGCGCACCGUGCUAUCCACGGAUCGUCCCGAGCCGAGAAUACCACGACGAUUAAUUCAGCUUUCACGAUCAACCCAGACGCCAACGGCGGCCGCGCUUACGCCUACGACAGCGUCGUGCGGAACCGCGACGAGCGCCGACACAUGGACGCGGGCGACUGCGAGUGCUGUCAUGCAUACUACGAAGGCGUCGGCCCGAUGCCGCCCAGGCUGCAGCAGCCACUAUGGCGCUCGCCCUCGACGACUCCGCGCAAGAAGAAAGAGAAGCAGAAAGAGCGCUUCGGCGCCGCGCGUACAGAGCCGCGCCAGCAACACCCGAAAUCGCGCCCUUACCCCUCCCCGCACCGCGACCGCACCCACAGCUCGUCGGUUCACUGUCGCCCGGCUGUGUCGUCAUCCGCAUCCGCGUCAGCUUCCACUUCUGGCGUCAACACAGGUCUCAGCGCUAGUACCAGCAACGGAGGACCCUCCUCGCGCCGGAAACGCCGCGACUCCUUCGACGACCCCUCGGACAACGAGGAAGCCGAGAACGCGCAACGUGAUAUCGAAGCGCACAAGAAGGCGAUUUCGAAGCAUCGGUACCACUGGCAGCGCGCUAAGACGCCGCCGGGCUACUGGGACAUCGGGUUUCCAAGCACGCAGGAGGCGGACGCGCUCAAUGCGCGCGCGAGCGCGAUGCAUAGGGAUAAGAUGCGUGCUGUCGAGAGGGAGGCUGCGAGGGGCAAUGGGAAGUACAUGAUGAGGAAAUAGCGGUCCUGGGAUGAGUCUGGCCUUGUCAGUCCGGUCAUCCGACAAUGGAUAUCGAAGCAAGGGCUGGUCGAUGGGCGAGGCCCACUGCAGCAUCGCCGCUUCGAACUCCCGAACGGCACCGUUCAGCAUCGGAAGCAUUUCUAGACUGCUUUAGGUCCUGAUCUCGUCCACCUUCCCUCUUCCACUUCAUACCCGCACUCUGCCUGUUCGUUGCUGUCUACUGGAAAACACUACCAUCUCCUUUCUUUCCCUCACGGACACAGUCACAUCGAGUGACGUCGAUUGUACUUUAUUCGUUUCAUA